GCGCUCUCCGCUCCCGAGCGCGCGGGGCAGGCGCGUCCCCCCCCCCCCCCCGUGGGCGGGGAUAAGGCCGCGGCCGAUGACAGCGCUGACCCCCCGUUGCCAUAGCGACGGGCCGGGCUGCCGCAGCCACACCUGCGCCUGCGCUGCCGCCCCCGGUUCCCCCCCGCGGCCGGUAAGUGCCGGCCCCGUGGGGCGCCCCGCGGCUCCUUUCGGCUGGUGGUGAGGGGCGAUGAGCGCCGGCAGCGGCUGACCCAGCUGCGUGCCGCUGGCAGCGAGGGGUGGGCGGCCCGGUGCGCCCGUGGGGGCCUGCGGCGGGAGGGAGCCGCCUCGGCACCGCUGCGGAGGGCUGAGCAGGGGCAAGGACGUUUCUUUCAUUUCUGGUUGCAAGUGUAUCCUAGCUCAGGAGAGAGAGGUCUGCCGGUUCACCUCCCUCCCCAACAUCUGUCUGCACAAUUCAGAUAUGCUUCGGUGGAGCUGCUGACUCCCCACCCACACCCACUGGGGCUGGUUUUACAUCGCAGCCUCUUUCAUCUCCUUUUGUAUGGGUAACUGUAUGUCAGGAUGGCAGCCUCAAAUCUGGAGAACCAGCUACAGAGUGCCCAGAAGAACCUGUUGUUUCUCCAACGAGAACAUGCCAACACCCUGAAAGGCCUGCACGCUGAGAUUCGACGCCUGCAGCAGCACUGCACAGAUUUAACCUAUGAGCUGACUGUAAAGAGUUCAGAUCUGUCAGGAAAUGGUAGUUCAAGAAGUGAUGAACUCAAAAGAAAGUGUGAAGAUCUUGAAGCUCAGCUGAAAGUCAAAGAGGCUGAAAAUAAUGAGUUACUGAAAGAACUUGAACAAAAGAAUGCGAUGAUAAUGGUGCUGGAAAACACUAUUAAAGAAAGAGAAAAGAAGUAUUUGGAAGAGUUAAAAAUGAAAAGCCAUAAGCUCAACAUGUUGUCGAGUGAACUAGAGCAGAGAGCGAGCACUAUUGCUUAUUUAACUUCUCAGCUGCAUGCUACUAAGAAGAAGCUGAUGAGCUCAAGUGGGACUUCAGAGGGGACCCCUUCUGGCAGUCCUGUGUUGUCCAACUAUAAGCCGUCCCCUCCCAAAGAUAAACUGCCGGAGACUCCACGGCGCAGAAUGAAGAAGAGUCUGUCGACACCACUGAACCCUGAGUUCGAAGAGGCCUACAGAAUAGGAUCCGAUAGCCGGAAGCUGCUGUUAAGAGAGCCUGUGGAUGCCAUGCCUGAUCCCACUCCCUUUCUCUUGGCCAGGGAAACGGCAGAGGUACAUCUUAUUAAGGAAAGGCCGUUAGUUAUUCCACCGAUUGCCUCAGAUCGUGCAUCCGGUGAAUCGCACAGCCCAGCCCGAGAGAAGCCACACAAGGCGCACAUCGGGGUGGCGCAUCGCAUCCACCACGUUGCGCCAUCCCAGCCUCAGCCAGAGGUGGAAACGCUGGCGGUGGAUCAGGUCCAUGGAAGCAAAGUGGUCAGAAAGCACUCAGGGACAGACAGAACUGUUUGAGUAAAAAUCACUGCUCUACUCUGUUGCUGUUCAUGCACUGUGACCCUGUAGGAUAAAUAGCACCUGCAGUAAAAUUUCUUUUGAUGCCCCAUGCAUGCCAAACUUCUUCCAGAUACAUCAUUAAUAGAUUAUGCUCCUCUAAUGAAACCUAAUAUGACUGUGUUCAUAUGGCAAGGUAUAUAACUACUAAAUGCUGUGGCCAAAUCAGGGGUACCUGACUGCUUGCUUCUGAGCACUGCUCCAUUUAUUGUAACUACACAUGUGGACAAAGGCACAGGCUGCAGGCUGCAUUAUUACUCGAUAUUAGUGAAAACAAACUUAACUAUAAACCUGCAGCAGUAUGUAUUGGCUGUCAACAUUUGAACUAGCAGUGGUUCUUUUGUCUUCACUGUGUAUGUAAGCACUAACCUCCAUGACAAAGCCUUUCUCACGGUAGCAUUGAAAAUAAUGCAGAUGUACAUACACUUUAAAAUGAACGAAGGACAUCUUUUCCUGCACACGCACAUGCUCUCAAUUGCAAAUUGUGUUCAUAGUUUCUCAGUCCUGAGUCCCAGCGAGCAUUACUUGAUUAAUCUUAAGUACCUUGGUUUGUGGCUUUGUUCAAAUAAAAAAUGGGGAGGGGGAUAAAGCACUCAAGGGUUAGUGAUCCUCAUAGGAAAAAGUAUGAACACUGGAUUGUUUUGGUUUUUGUUUGGUGGGUUUUUGUUUUUUAAUUGAAUGGCUUCAUUACACAUUUCAUACUAGUCAGUACACUGCACUGUAACACCUUCCCUACUGGCUCAGAGCUCCUUUUCCAGGGAGAUAUCGUACCUGGCGAUCCAAUAUGGAAAUAGUUUGUUAUGCUCUAACCUGCACUUUUUUUGUAAAGGGAUUAUUUUUGUUUCCUGAAAACUUUAGACUUGUUCUGGGCAUCAGACAGUGCUGGCUUCUGCCAGCUUAGAAACCUCAGCUGUCCCUCUAAAAUGUGUGUAUUUAGUUUUAACUGAUUUAACCAAUUCGUACAGGAGGAGAACCUGGCAUCCUUGAUUUUUAUCCUUGUGGACUGGGACGGACUUGCCUUGCACUUGCCCUGGUUCCCCUACUCCUUUCUAGUAAGCAACAGGUAGCCCCUAUAGCUGUUGAGACUACUUGAUUAUUUUUUCUUUUUUUUUUUUUUUCCCCCUAGGAAAGAAAGGCAUACUGUGAGCUGUGAGAGUAUGUAAUUUUGGGAAAGGAGCACAAAUUUGACCAUUUUUCUUAAAAUUCUGAUCAGCACCUCCAGCUCACCUCUGCUUCACUCCUGUCUGCAGCCUCUGAGUAGGACAUGCAAGACACAAUGGCUCCCAAAUGCUGCUAAGCUUAUGAUGUGCCUUCAAAAACUUGGAACACAUAAUCUCUGUGAAAGCUGAUGAAGGAUCCCUGCCUGCCCUUUUUCCUCCCCUUGCCAGCUGUAGUCUGUCCCUCUUGAGCUUUUUCUGCAGCUGCGUGUCGGUGUGUGUCUCCCUCUGGAGCUCUGGAUCACUCUGUCAGCUGCCCCCACGCAGGCGCUGGCAGGAUGACAAAAGCUGUUCUUCUUAACUGUGGUACUGCAUGACAACUUCCAGCAGGGUUGUUCCCAGCCAGAGAGGGUUUGAAGCCCCACUACCCUGAGGCCUCCUCUGCCCUGCCCCGUGCACUCUCGCUGCUCAGUCACUUGCUGUUCUGAAGCCCAAGACAGACUCCUCACUGUUACGCCUUGCCAGCUGCGUGGUAGGAUUUGGUUCGUGAAUGGUGGGGAGGGGUAGGGAAAAAGCCGAGUUCCUGGAAAAUGGUUGGUUAAAGAAAGUUUGUAAUUCUGUGGUUUACUAUUUUUAAGUGUAUUGCAUUAACCAGCAGUGGUUUGGGGUUUUUUUGGUUGUUGUUGCCGUAUUUUUAUGGCUAUCUAUUGUAUGACUGAUCUACCCUGCCACUUGUUCAAGGAUGAUGGAAGGCACCACUUCUCAGCACAGCGGAAGUGAUGCUUUGGGCAAUUAAAAACAUUUCUUACAACCA